AUGUUUGCUACUCAAAAUCAAGUAGCAGGAACAACAUCUGGACAAGCAAGUAACAAAAGUAAUUCUGUUCCAGGCUUAGGAAUGCAAGGUCCGAUGUCAGUUCUUCCACCUCCACCAGGUCAACUUCCUCCUGGUCAAAUACCAGGCCAAAUGCCAGGCCAAAUGCCACCUCUGUCCAACCAAAUGGGUCCACCUAAUCAAUUACAGGGCCAGUUACCAUUACCAAUUCAGCUAGCAUUACAGCAGCAACAGCAACAGCAGCAGCAACAAUCACAAAUUGCUACUCCAGUUCCAAAUAAACCAGAACUUCAAGGACUAACCAACAACCCACCGUUAAUCAAUAACAGUAAUGCUGGAAAUAUUCCAUUAAACAAAACAAAUCCUUCUUCUCAGACUCCAGCUCCUAAAUUGAAACAAGGAUCUGGUUCACAUGCUCUUGAUGAUCCAAAUGUCUUCCAUUGGAUCUGUCAAUUGACAUAUGGACCCAAAAAGGAGCAGGCGUUACUUGAGUUAGGUCGUCAAAGAGAACAAUUUGAUGAUCUUGCUGUUGUAUUAUGGUCUUCAUUUGGUGUAAUGACAUCUUUAUUGGAUGAAAUCAUAUCUGUUUACCCAUUGCUACAACCACCAUUAUUAUCAAAUGAAUUAUCUAAUCGAGUUUGUAAUGCACUUGUAUUACUUCAAUGUGUUGCUCAACAUCCAGAUACCAAACAUUUAUUUUUACAAGCUCAUAUUCCAUUAUUUUUAUUCCCUUUCUUGAAUACUACAUCAAGACAAAGAGCUUUUGAAUAUUUGAGAUUGACAUCAUUGGGUGUAGUUGGUGCAUUAGUUAAAAAUGAUUCACAAGAUGUUAUUAAAUUUCUAUUAAGAACAGAUAUCAUUCCAUUAUGCUUAAAAAUUAUGGAAUCAUCUUCUGAGCUAUCUAAGACAGUUGCUAUUUUCAUAUUACAAAAAAUUUUAUUAGAUGAUUUAGGUCUACAAUAUAUUUGUGCUACUCUAGAUAGAUUUUAUGCUGUCACAAAUGUUUUAAAGAAUAUGAUCGAUCAACUUACAGUAAAUACCCCUCCAGGUAGAUUAUUAAAGCAUAUCAUAAGAUGUUACUUACGAUUAAGUGAUAAAUUAGAAGCUAGAAGUUUGUUGAAAGUAAUAUUACCAACAAAAUUAAGAGAUAAUACAUUUGCGGAAGUUUUAAAUGAUGACUUAACUUCCAAGAGAUGCUUGGCACAAUUAUUAUUGACAUUGAAUGAAGAGCCACGAUGA